ACUCCAUAAGGCUGUUGCAGGAAUUAAAUGAGUUAAUAGUAGUCAACAGCUCUGAACAGUGCUUGACCGAGUCAGCCCUACCUUAGGUUUAACUUAAGGGAUGUAGCCCUGGGUCCCCUAAGGGAGUGGCCACACUAUUCACAAACACGAACGCAGUAAGCGCCCAAAGGCUCUAUCCUCACCAACCUCCUCAGCUGGACCCGACAGAACUGUCUCCCAACUGCUCCCGGGCUCUCCCGAGGAGCUGUGCGGAACCAGCUUGCCUUACAUCAGGCUUUACCUUCUCCGCCCGUUUUGGGAUUUAACAAGUACGAGAAAGGGCUGCCGGGGAGCCGCAAGGGCCUCCUCAACACCACGCGCGCGAGGACGGGGUAGGGGAGAGGGCGCUUGACCUGCUCCAUACCCGCAGCCAGGGCAUGCCCCACACGCGCGCUUCCCUCCUCCUCUGCGUGUCUCGCCGAGACCCGGGACCCCUAGACUCCUGGAUCCUCUAGAGCCUCUGAACCCCUAAACCCCCAUGCAUUACCCAAAUCCCAAGACCCCAGACUUCCCAACCCUGGCUCAGGGCAGUGGCUAGGAACCUGAACCCGCGUCCAAAAACCCGGAGGUUUUUGUCGGGAGUCCUCGCUUUACACAGCAGGAAUUUAGUCUCCGCGCGCCCCCUAAAAUCCGGGAGUCCUCUCCCCGACGCCCUCACCCACGGGGCCCCCACACGCCCUUCGUGGCUGACCUCCAGGCCGGGUGGGUGCGCUGUGCGACGCGGAAAGCGCCAUAGAGGACGCAGGACACGUUGGGCUGAGCUCUCGGAAGUGACGCACUAGCAGCGCCCGUCGGCGGAAGUCCCACCUUCGCCCGAUAGCGGAAGUUCCGGGAGUGCCCCGUCCCCGCGUGCUUACGGCAGCCGGCAUGGCGCACUACAACUUCAAGAAAAUUACGGUGGUACCGUCCGCCAAGGACUUUAUUGACCUGACAUUGUCGAAGACUCAACGAAAGACUCCAACCGUUAUUCAUAAACAUUACCAAAUUCAUCGCAUUAGACAUUUUUACAUGAGAAAAGUCAAAUUUACUCAACAGAAUUACCAUGAUAGACUUUCACAAAUUCUAACAGAUUUUCCUAAGUUGGAUGACAUUCAUCCAUUCUACGCAGACUUGAUGAAUAUUCUGUACGACAAAGAUCACUACAAGUUGGCUCUGGGGCAAAUAAAUAUUGCCAAAAAUUUAGUGGACAAUGUUGCUAAAGAUUAUGUGCGGUUGAUGAAGUACGGCGACUCUCUCUACCGCUGCAAGCAGUUGAAGCGUGCGGCCCUGGGGCGGAUGUGCACCGUGAUCAAGAGGCAGAAGCAGAGUUUGGAGUAUUUGGAGCAAGUGCGUCAGCAUUUAUCCCGUUUGCCAACCAUUGAUCCAAAUACCAGGACUCUGCUUUUGUGUGGGUACCCAAAUGUAGGCAAGUCCAGCUUCAUCAAUAAGGUGACGAGAGCAGAUGUGGAUGUCCAGCCUUAUGCGUUCACAACCAAGUCUCUGUUUGUUGGGCACAUGGAUUAUAAGUAUCUACGUUGGCAGGUUGUAGACACUCCUGGGAUACUGGACCACCCUCUGGAGGAUAGGAACACCAUCGAGAUGCAGGCCAUCACUGCCCUGGCCCACCUCCGUGCUGCGGUCCUGUACGUGAUGGAUUUGUCUGAGCAGUGUGGGCACGGGCUGAGGGAGCAGCUAGAACUCUUCCAGAACAUCAGACCUCUCUUCAUCAACAAGCCUCUUAUAGUUGUAGCCAACAAAUGUGAUGUGAAGAGAAUAGCUGAACUUUCUGAAGAUGAUCAGAAAAUAUUUACAAAUUUGCAGGCUGAAGGAUUCCCUGUAAUAGAGACCAGCACCUUGACUGAGGAAGGUGUUAUUAAAGUUAAAACAGAGGCUUGCAAUAGGCUUUUGGCUCAUCGAGUGGAAACCAAAAUGAAGGGAAAUAAAGUGAAUGAGGUGCUGAAUAGACUACACCUGGCUGUCCCAACCAGGAGGGACGAUAAGGAGAGGCCCCCUUUCAUCCCUGAAGGAGUGGUGGCACGCAGGAAGAGAAUGGAAAUGGAGGAGCCCAAGAAAAAGAGGGAACGAGAUCUUGAGCUGGAAAUGGGAGAUGAUUAUAUUUUGGAUCUUCAGAAGUACUGGGAUUUAAUGAAUUCGUCUGAAAAACAUGAUAAGAUACCAGAAAUCUGGGAAGGCCAUAAUAUAGCUGAUUAUAUUGAUCCAGCCAUCAUGAAGAAAUUGGAAGAAUUAGAAAAAGAAGAAGAGCUGAGAACAGCUGCUGGAGAGUAUGACAGUGACUCUGAGAGUGAAGAUGAGGAGAUGCUGGAGAUUCGACAGCUGGCAAAGCAGAUUAGAGAGAAGAAGAAGUUGAAAAUUCUGGAGUCCAAAGAAAAGAAUACACAGGGACCCAGGAUGCCUCGAACUGCUAAGAAGGCCCACUACGCAGUCCAGGCAAGAAGAUCCCGGAGUGUCACUAGGAAAAGAAAGCGGGAAGACUCUGCUCCCCCCUCCUCUGUGGCCCGGAGUCGGAGUCGGAGUUGCUCUCGAACUCCACGUGACGUUUCUGGUCUUCGGGAUGUCAAGAUGGUGAAGAAAGCCAAGACUAUGAUGAAGAAUGCUCAGAAGAAGAUGAAUCGGUUGGGGAAGAAAGGGGAGGCAGAUAGACAUGUGUUUGAUAUGAAGCCCAAGCACUUACUCUCUGGAAAGAGGAAAGCUGGCAAAAAGGACAGGAGAUAGGGUCCCUGCCGUUGGCGUGGCUUGGCGAGGCUGCGGCUAUUUGCUGGCUUGGUACAGUAUGGUUUCAUGAAAUUGGAGUUACCUAUAAACUGAAAAAGACAAUCAGUAAAGCACUUGCUGCUUUGCUGAAAACUAUGGUUAAUCCUGUAUAUAUGUGGGCAAUGUUUGUCACUGCAUAAUAUUACAAAUAUUUUGAGUAGACAAUGUUUCUACAUUUAAUGGAGUAUCUAUCAGUUGCUUCAGAUUUUCAGAACUGGGAAGAUUUACUGGUGUAACUUGGGUUAUUUUUGAUGGAGAAAAACCUUAUUCUCUGUAGUAAGAGCUUGGGAGCAAACACGUUUAUGAGUGUGUCAGAAUCCCAUGCUUAAAAUACCCUCUUAAAUUAUUUUCUAGUCUUUUUGUACAAUGUCUCAUUGUAAUCUGUCUUCAACUGUUUAAUGCAAAAUAAACCUCCAGAAGAAAGUA